GGUCGCCCUGCCCUGCCCUGCCCCGGCAGCAUGAACCUCCACUCUGCCCGGGCCUCGGUGGCCAUGCUGCGGAUGAUGGGCUGUGCUAACGGGCGCUCUGCUCGCCUCCUCCACAGUGACUGCGUGGUGGACGAGAAGACCGUGGUUCUGCAGAAGAAGGAGAACGAAGGCUUCGGCUUCGUCCUGCGGGGGGCUAAAGCUCAGACUCCCAUAGAGGAGUUCACUCCAACGCCAGCCUUCCCUGCGCUGCAGUACCUGGAGUCUGUGGAUGAAGGGGGCGUGGCAUGGAGAGCGGGCCUCAGGAUGGGGGAUUUCCUCAUUGAG